UUUUCUCUUUUUUGCUUGGUCUAAAGUCGUCACCUCCCUUCUGCGGCGCCUUCCGAUUGACCCGUCGAAUCCAUCUCCUCUCCUAUCGCCGGCGACGACCACGCCAUUGAAAUCGGCCAGACUGGUUUUGGGCACCUCACCACCUAUCUGCCAGGACUGGUUGAUUGAGCGCAGAGGAAGAGAGGAGGCGGGACGGAAGCGGUCCUUUAGGAGUAAAAAUCGGCCCAGUCCCGUGCAGCGGCGGCGGUGUCGGCCAUGUCUGUGGAACUCGUUCUCUGGCUCUUCUCCUUCGCCUCCGUGAUGGCCCUCGUCGGCCUCACCGCCUACCAGCUUAUCUGUUUAUCCGAUUUGGAGUUUGACUAUAUCAAUCCAUAUGAUUCAUCAUCUCGCAUCAACGCAGUGGUCAUAAUAGAAUAUGCACUCCAAGGGGUCCUGUGUGCUGCUUUCCUCUUGACGCUGAAUUGGUUUCCUUUUCUAGUUAUGGCUCCUGUGACAUACUACCAUGUGAAGCUGUAUAUGAAACGGAAGCAUCUUGUUGAUGUUACUGAGAUAUUCCGACAACUACAUGGGGAGAAGAAGUACCGGAUGAUCAAACUCGCCUUCUACUUUGGCUUAUUUAUUAUAACUAUUUACAGGCUUGUCAUGACUGCUGUGCUAUUAUUUAUUGACGAGGAUGCAAAUCUGGUAGAAACUAGGACUAUUUAGAGUUUGUCAUUAUCAUUUCACAUAUGACCAGGAUAUUCCAAGGAUGC